AUGUUGGCACGCCGUAUCCGUCACGCAGUCGCUAUCUCGUCCUUAUCCCGUGCCAUGUCGACGGCCACUGGUGACAACAAGUUUUACAUCCUGCGCUAUGAUUACGUAGACGACAUUUUACAUCGUCGUGGACCUUUUCGUACGGAGCAUUUGAAGCGUGCUGUGAACUUUAAGCAAGAUGGCUACAUUGUCAUGGGCGGUGCACUUGUGAACCCACCGGACGCUGGUGUCUUUAUCUUCAAUGUGGCGGACAAAGAGCUUAUUGAGAACUUUGUAAAGGAAGAUCCUUAUGUUCUGAACGACCUCGUAACGUCCUAUUCGAUCCGUGAGUGGACUGUUGUCGUCUAA